GCAGUGGCAGCAGCAGUGGCAGCAGCAGCAGCAGCAGCAGCAGCAGAGUAGUAGUAGUAAUAUCAGUAGCAAUAGGAAAAAUAACGUUACGCUGGGAGAAGGAGGAGUAGUGUGUGGUGGACUGCUCUUGUCGUCGUGCUCGAGCGCAAUCGUGCGGUAGAGUACUGCGAAACGGUGUGCGCGAAAGGCUGCAUUCUCGCGCGUUUGCCUUCCGACCUAGUUUUCGCACGACGCCUUCCCGAUUUUCGACAGUCUCUUUAGUUCUCUCUCUCUCUCUUUCUCUUUCUCUUUCUCUUUCUCCCUCCCUCCUUUACUCUUUCCAUUUUGCAACGACGACUCCUCGUAGUACGGCCGGCCUCGCUCGGUGUUCGUGCGGAUCGAUCGCACGACGGAAUGAUGUCGCUUUGUACUCGUUGAGAAGCUCAUGUGUUUCCGUGCUUCUUAUUUUUCUUCAUCGUCUCCAUCGUUGCGUUGUCGCAGUCGUGUGUUUCGGCCUCUGAAACUUUUUCUUACUGUCUCUUUUUCUGAUUAAAGAGAAAGGUUGAUAUAGGUAGAUAAAGAAAGAAAGAGAAAGAGAGAGUGUGUGUGUGUGUGUGAGAGAGAGAGAGAGAGAGAGAGAGAGAGAGAGAGAGAGAGAGAAAGAGUGAGAUAGAUAGAGAUUAUAGACAAAGAGAUAAGUUCAAACGGAAAAUGCAAGACACAGCAGAUAAUUCGUCCAAAUCGGUGCUUCUAAACACCUUCGUCGUGAAGAAGAAAAGAUGUCGUGUGUAUUUUCAUCGUGGCACCCUCAUCUGGGAAACGGAAAGACCACCUUAUACAAGAUGGUCGCUUCCAAUGACGGACGUUCUGGCGGUACGGUACGGAGAUGAUUGGAUUCAUGGCGUUAAUGUCAAGGAAAAACAAGCGUCGACCUCGCCCACGUCACCGAUAGUAUGCCCAACGAAUUUCAUUUUACAUUAUGCCGUGAGAGGACCGAAAAACAAAUGGAGUCAUCACAGUGUUACCAUGAGCCAUACUGACCCUCGGCAGAUUGCUUCUUGGGUGAAAACCAUUCGAAAUUAUCUUUUAGGUAUGACGUAUCGUCCGCGGAAAGUGAUGUUAUUCGUGAACCCCAUAGGUGGUAAAAAGAAGGGCCUGAAAAUAUGGGAAAAAGAUGUACAACCUUUGAUGACCAUCGCUGGUAUUGAAACGAAGAUGAUGAUUACCGAAAGGGCAGGACAUAUACGGGAAACUCUGCUUACAGCCGAUUUGAGUGACCUUCACGCGAUCGUUUGUAUCGGUGGUGAUGGUACCUUCGCUGAAGUUUUUAAUGGUUUGGUCUUGAGAGCUGCCAAAGAACAACAAAUCGAUCCAGACGACCCAGAGGCAAGAUUGCCAUCUCCCACCCUACCUGUCGGUGUCAUACCUAGCGGGAGUACAGACACUGUGGCCUAUAGUUUGCAUGGUACGACCGACGUGCAAACAGCGGCUAUACAUAUCAUUUUUGGCGAUACCACUGGAUUGGACCUCUCCUCCGUCCAUAGUAAUCGUUCUUUAUUAAGGCUUUACGCGAGUGUCCUCAGUUAUGGAUACCUCGGUGAUGUCAUACGCGAUAGCGAGAAAUUUCGAUGGAUGGGACCUCAGAGAUACGAUUAUUCUGGUUUCAAAAAAAUUAUUGCCAACAAAGGAUACGAAGGCGAAAUACAAUUACUUUCGGAUCCCUGUCAUCCGGCGGCAAGUACGAGGUGUAUGAAAAAUUGUUCGAGAUGUUUGCAACAUAUGCACAAUAGCGUUCCUGAUAAAGAAAUUUCGAGGUGGCUGACAGUUCAAGGUAAAUUUUUUAUGGUUAACGGUGCGAACGUUUCAUGCGCCUGUUCGAGAAGUCCAAUGGGUUUCAGUCCACAUUGUCACAUAGGCGAUGGUUGUGUCGACAUCAUUUUGGUUCGGCAUACGUCCUUCAUAAACAAUAUUAGAAUGUUGCUGAGACUUUCUAGCAAACAAAAAACUCUGUACGACUUACCCUUCGUCGAGGUGUACAGAGCAAGAGAAUUCACAUUCCGUGCCCUGCCAACGUUGCAUUUGCAGACUGAAAACAAUGUCCAAAGGUCACAGAAAACUUCAGGCCUUAGCGUGUGGAAUUGCGAUGGCGAAGUGAUCGAAAAUUCUAAUGUCAAAAUAAGGGUACACUGCCAGUUAUUGAGCGUUUACACGAGACGAGCUCAAGAUUCGGUUGCAGACUCGUCGUCUUGUUUUUGUUCCAUAUGAACAUUGAGUUUUACUGCUGGUACUAAAACAAAACGAAGGAAGAAGAAGAACAAGAAACAAGAAGAAGAAAAAGAUGGAGAAGAAGAAGAAGAAGAAGAAGAAGAAGAAGGAGAA